CAAAUGCAGUCCAGCUUGAGAGCUGGCUAAUAAAGAGUCUAGUAUGGAAAAUAAGAUCCUCAGAGGAGAUUUAAUAACUGGGGAGAAUAAUUGUAAAGUACUUCAGAAUAUUAACCAAAGGCUGAAUGCAUCCAAUUAGCUUAAUGAAGCUGGGUGGUUGGGUUCUUUUUUAAUCAAACAGAUGGGCAAAACAUUAUGCACAAAAAAUGAGAUCUGAAUACAAUGAACACAUUUAAUUAACAAAUAAAAGACAGAGAACGGGUUUGUUUUUCAACUUGAGAAGUGAAUACCAAAUACUCAAAAAAGAGCCUUAAAUGUCAUGGUGUCUUCAAAGUCUCAGAUACUGACAAUUCUUAUUUGCAACAACGUGGGUGUUUGCCCUGGGCUGGCUGCACCUGCUGGCAGGUGAGCAGGAGGCAGCGAUGCAUCACCAACCCCACAGUGCUGCAGAGCCACAGAGCAAUCCCUGGCUGCUGCUGUGGGCUGUCCCCAAGGGCAGGCUCAGAAGCAGUAACUGAAGCCCUGCUCAACCCUCUGCUCCAAAACCUUUUCCCUGCAUGUGGAUGAUCACCUCUGUCCUGCAGAAGGAGAAAGCCAGGACUCCUGGGUUAAUCAGGGUGUGAGCUCGGUGUCCUUAGUGCUCAGGAGACCUGUGCAGUGUUUUCCUCAUGGUCUGUGCUUGUGCUGUGGUAUGUGGAGUUGCUGCUGGCCCCAUUCAGGGAGGUGGAUUCCCACCGCUGCUUUCACUGUCCUUGCUGCAGCACAGGCUCCUGUUCCUGCUGGUGCCCAGUACAGACACAACUCCUCUGCUGUCUGUCUGACCAGUUUUACUGGGCCACAGAAACCUGGUGCAAAUCGAUGCCUUCCCUCUCCAGACAGGAGGCUCCUCUCCAUACAAACCCUGAGUGCUUAUGUAAGUGUGAAAUACAGAGCUGCAAUAUCAGUCUUGCCAAGGCUGGGAGUGUUUGCUCCAGCCUAAUAAGCUGAACAAGCCAUUUUGAUAUUAAGCCUAUAAUAAUAAUAACACCUUGUAGCUAAAGAGUGUGUUUUUCCCCAUUGGUAGAUUACUCAGCCCUUUUCUUUUGAGGCAGUGUUUAACAAAAGCAGAGACUUUCCCAGACUAUGUUUAAUUAAACACAGCUCAGAGAUGUCUUCAUUUCAGUGCUGUGAUGAUGUUGCUCUGCACUCUCCUCUCCAGGGCAGUUGGAACUUGUGCUCUGCCAGUGCAUGGGCUGGUCACUGUCUCCUGCCCAGCUCUACCUGUCCAGAUGUGCCCAGUGGUGUGGAAAUCCCAGAGGGGCUCACAUUUGGAGAGACCCACAGGCUCCAGCUGCUUUUGAAGCUGAGCUGGGGCUAGGUCUGAGCUGUGUAGUCCAUCCAAGUGCAGCUCAGCCAACAUGCUUUGUACUACAACGAACAUUUGGGUCUGAAUUUCUACCUGCUUCCUUUUCUGGUUGCCAAUGUAGCCUUGGGAGCAUUUUGAGUGCAAUGGCCUGGUUAUCAACAGUUACAUACAAAGUGAAGGCUUUAAUUUGAAGGCUCCUCAUUUCUGCCUUAGGAGUUACCCGUGAGCAGAUGGUGAUAUGCUCUGGUUUUGCUUAUUCUUGCAGAUUAUUUGCCAGAUAAUUUUUCUGACUAAUCCUUUGGCCCAUAGACUGUUUAUAAACCUGGAGUCAGGUUUCGGGUAAAAACACUUGUGUUUGCAAAUUUUAAAAUCUGUUCCUGUGCUGGCUUGCUGAUGUCACUGUGAGCAGGAGAUUCCUCUGAGUGGCAAAAGCCCUCUGCACCAUGGGAGAGAGGCAGCUCCUAAAGAAGCACCUCCUUCCCAGUGACAGGAUGGGAAGAACAAUGUUCAUGCCUCGUUUGGGGCUUAUUUUAUUUUAAAACAUGAUAUGUCUGAAGUCCCAACCCCAGCAUCAGUGCUAUCUGACCUCCCCUGAGGUCAGACUGCUGUUUCAGGUGGCGUGGUAAGGAGGCACUUCUGCAGGCACAGAGUUUGUGUCCUGUGCAGGUGAUGCUGCAUAACCUGUGCACAGCAGAAGUUGGGGGAUUUGCCUGUCUUUGGCUGGGCAGGACACUGGUAUCAGUAUGGUGGGGGCAUUGUAGCCACUGGCACAGCUCUCCCUGAAAAGUGCUGAAAGGCUGUGGUGAUUUUUUAAAUAUAAGUAUUAUUGUUGUUGUUGUUGUUAUUUAUUGUUGUUGUUAUUGUUUUCCCCUCCUCUCCUACCACCUCUACCUUUUAAAAAAAUCAGUCCCUUGGAUGUCUCUGGAGAGCUGGCAGUGGUAACUGCCUGGCUGAUUUAUUCUGGUGUUUUAACAUUUACUGGAUUUACAUAACAGCCAAACAAUCUGUUUCAGGAGUUUAAUAUAAACCCAGCUCUAGUGAGUCACAUCCAUGUUAGCAGCAAUGCAAAGAGAGGCAGCUGGGGGAGUGAGGGGGUGACUUUUUCUGGGUUUCUGCAUGAGAAUAUAUUUCAGGAAUGGCUGCCUGAAAUAUCUCUGACACCUCAUAGCUGAGUGAUGCUGCCAGUUCUCCUCUUCCAUCAGGGAUUUGUUCUUAAACUUUGAAAGAGCAGUGGGUAUGUCACAUCAGUGCUUCCAUUGCUGCUCCCAGCUGAGUCUGGGGGCUUUUCCAGAGCUCCCCAGGCACUGCUGUGUGUCCCUCCUGUGUGUAAAAUACCUUUACAUGUACGUGUGUGCUUGAAGGAGGGAGUGUAGCUAUGGGAGCAGCAAGAUGAGGCCUGUUAACAGAGAUUUGCUGUUUGCUUUUUGAAUUCAAAACCACGGAGCAUUUGUUUGUGCCAGACUUUGUGGGCCUGGUCCCCAGGACGUGCAGAUCAGCACAGCAGCAAGUGGGGUAUGGAUGUGUGCCAGCAUUUCCGUGCCAGCAUUUCCACCUGGGGUCUGGUGGAGCCCAUGUGCAGGUUCUGGGGACAGAGUUUGAGCUCAGCUGGGGGAGAACUGGCCCUGUGCCCCUGGGCAGUCACAGCAAAAUGUUGGAGUUGUUGGGGACUCCCUGCAAGGAGUCCUCCCCAGCCCCUUCCCUGGGGACAGCAGAAGCCAGAGCCUGACAGCUGACAGCAGGAGUUUCCCAAAUCACGGUGUGUAACCUGUUGCUUCAGGUCCUUUCCAGGCAGUGUGACUUUGGGAUUCCCUCAGCUGUCUCCUACAGUUGUAUGAACGCAGCAAAUCCCUAGAGCAGGUCUGCCAUGGGCAGCCUGUCCCCUCCUGCUCCAGAGGCUCUGUCACCUCUCUUCUGGUUGUAAUGUGAUGGAGGAAAGUGGGCCUCCAGCUCGAGUUUUCACUUCUGAAAAUCCCAAGCAAGAUCCAGCUGGGUUUGAACAGCCUGGUUUGUGCUGCUGCCUGUGCUGGAGGUUGGCUGUUCAGCUAAGCAAGCGCUUCUCUUGCUGCAGCUUAUUUGAAUUCUUGUCUUCAGAAUGGAAAAUAAAUGCUGGCUGAUGAGAUCUAUUACAGCACUAAUUUUAGAGCAUGCCAAACAGUAGGAAAUUGUUUUCAAUCUUCACUCUCAUUUCUCCUUUAUUUCACCUCUCCAUUUGUGAAAAUUGCCUUUGUCAUUCUUCUAAGUGCCCAGUGAUGUCCUGCUCACUGAUAUCUUCAGGCAUUCUCCUUCCAGCCCUGUUUUCUGAUAUUUCUUUGUUCACCCACUUGACAUUGCUGUUAGAAGAGCUCUCUCCAGGGUUCAGGCAGCAGUGUUGGCACGAUGCAGGCACUGAGUGUUCAACCAGCUGGUGUGAGAUGCCAGCAGAGCCCCCUGCGAGCUGUGGGAGCAGUGGAGGCAGCACCACAGUGGAAUUUCUUACCCUUGUGUGCCCAGGGCUUUGUAAGUCUUUCCAGCCCCAGCCCAGCCUGCUUUCUCGAUGAGCAAGAGGGAAAAUAUGAAUUUCCCUUUUCUCUGGUGAAGAAUUUAAGAAGCAGCAGUCUCAGAGCUUCAGUGUUUGUCCUUGGCACUAGUGAAAACCUGAGCCAUUGCAGGCAGCAGGUUAGGAAUCAGAACGUUUGAUCAGUGUCAGAGGGAGCAGUGGUGCACAGUCUGGAUUUUUAGGACAUGAUUCCUCUUCAUAGCUGGAAGGUCUCGCUGGUUUGAGAAGAGCUUGGAUGCCUCGCUGGUGGUCUGCUCUGAAACCUUCAAGGUGACUGCAGACACCAGUCCCUCCCUUAGCCCUGCUCCUGGUUCAGAGGACUUAGCAGAGCCUCACUGAGCUCCAGAUUAAAGCUGGUGGCACUUGUCCAGUUGUUUCACCCUGUAGACUUUUCAGAAGCUCUCUGGAAUACGUUUCAUGGUUUUGGCAACCACGUGUCCCUGACAGCAGCUUCUGUGGCCAUCAGCACAGAGACUUGGUGCCUGCCCUGGAGGGCUUUGAAAAUCUCUCUCCUGCCCCUGGCUCCUUCACCCCUCGUGCUCCUUCCUCCUCUCAUCCCUUGGCUGGCAGCUGACAGUGUCUUUAUCCCUCAAAAAGAGCUCUCUCUUACCCUGGCUUCUUGUGCUGGAGAGGGAUAAAAAACUCCCUACUCCUAUUAAUUUCCAUCCCAUGCCUUUCCCGGGUGAGCUCCAAGCCCUGCAGCUGCUCCAGGUGCCAGUCCCCAGGAAUUCAGCCAGGGAAUGUCUUCAUAGUCUGUCUUUGUGAACAUGGCUGAGAUAAACCCUUUACUGAACUAAAUGUGGCAACAACUAAUCCCUUGGAGACAGUCACCUGGGCCCUGCACGGUGAAAAGAGGCUUUGCUGCUCUGAUUAACUACACUGGCAAGAACAUUAACUCGUGGUUCUUUUUGGAAAUGCAAAGCACCUCUCCAGGAGAGUUGAAGGAAUUAGGUACCAGCUGGAAUAUUAAGGUAGGUUUUUUGCACCUUCCUGAUAAAUUUAUAGCUUAAAGGUCUGGUCAGCCCUGGUGGGAUGGGUGGUUAUGGCUGAGUGUUCCUGGGCUGUGGUGGAGAGGAGACUGAGGCCAGCAUGGAACCAGGAGCUUCUCUGGGAGGAUGGUGGUGGUGAGCAGCUCUUGGUCCUGACUGCCCCUACUGGGGUGUCUUCAGGGCUCUGGGAUUCACUAUCAUAAAUUAAACCUGUCAAGCUGGCCAGCCCUCCACAAAGGGCUGAAAAACCUUGCUAAGAGCCAAAUGACACUGACCUUUUCCAUCCUCUUAAGGCAAAUGCUAAAGGCUGUGGAGAGCAUUCCAGCUGUUUUCACAAUCCUGCUUUCCUUUUCUGGGGGGAGAGCUGCACUAAUUUCUUGACUAUUACUUUUUAAACAGCACUUAGUUUUGAAAGCCUGAACUAGAAAUUCUGUCUAUAUUAAAAGCAAAGCUCCUGUAGUUCAGUGAAGAUUUCUUGGGCUGUGUUUUUGAGGUCAGGAUUUUAUCUUGGUGCUGGUUUCUGUGAGGAUGCAUGUGCCCUGGCAGCCUGACCAGUGAGCAUCACAUGUGACACUUGCUGAAGAGAGCUGUGGACCAGCAGCCCACCUGACUGAAUGGAUUGAAACAGCUACAUAAAUUUUGUCCAUAAAAUAAGGUAUUUCAUGGAGCCUUUGAGCACUAACAUCACUGCUCUCUGAGUGACCAUCUGAGACCAAACUUGCUGGACACAGCCAUGGGGGACUCUCCAGCAAAUGUCCUGGGUGGAGGCAUGGACACACAGACUGAACUGGUGGAGAGGGUGGCAGCCAUAGAUGUGUCUGUUGUCCCAGACAGAAGUGACCAAAAUGGUGAAGACAACCCUGAAGAAAAUGACACAGUCUUUUCUGAUAACAUAAAGGACAUCCAAAGAAAUGGAGUCAGCAGUGACAUGGGAAUCAAUGAACUUCUGCCUUCCCAACAGUCAGAAGAUGCUCACUUGAGGCACGUUCCCAAAAGACCUCUAACUAGACCUGGCCUAUCAAGUAGGAAGCUGUCCCUUCAGGAAAGAUCAUCAGGAGGUUAUUUGGCUUCUAGCAGCACUCCAGGUUGUGGUCCUUAUGCCACGGGGCCAUCACCACGUAUAAUCAGGAGACCAACGAUAGAGUCCAAUCGGGUCUCCAUAUCAGACUCUGAGGACUGUGUGCAAUUAAACCAGUACAAGCUGCAGAGUGAAAUAGGGAAGGGUUCCUACGGUGUCGUGAAACUGGCCUACAACGAGAACGAUGACAAGUAUUAUGCUAUGAAAGUCCUCUCCAAAAAGAAGCUCUUGAAGCAGUAUGGAUUUCCACGUCGGCCUCCUCCCAGAGGGUCAAAAGCAUCCUCUGGAGACCAGCCCAAACCCAUGGCACCCCUGGACAGAGUCUAUCAGGAAAUAGCCAUCCUGAAGAAGCUGGACCACAUCAAUAUCGUUAAGCUGAUAGAGGUCCUUGAUGAUCCUGCAGAGGACAACUUGUACAUGGUGUUUGACCUCAUGAGGAAAGGGCCUGUGAUGGAGGUGCCCAGUGAGCAGCCCUUCAGCGAGGAGCAGGCUCGGCUCUACUUCCGAGACAUCGUCCUGGGCAUCGAGUACUUGCACUACCAGAAGAUCAUCCACCGGGACAUCAAACCUUCCAACCUGCUCUUAGGAGACGACGGCCACGUCAAAAUCGCUGAUUUUGGUGUCAGCAAUCAGUUUGAAGGGAAUGAUGCCCAACUUUCCAGCACUGCAGGGACACCAGCCUUCAUGGCACCAGAGGCCAUCUCACAGACUGGCAAAAGUUUCAGUGGAAAGGCACUGGAUGUGUGGGCCAUGGGAAUCACCCUGUACUGCUUUGUUUAUGGGAAGUGCCCUUUUAUAGAUGAAUAUAUUCUGGGUCUUCAUAACAGGAUCAAGACCAAGCCUGUGGAGUUCCCAGAAGAAGCACAGAUAAGUGACGAGCUCAAGGAGCUGAUACUGCGCAUGCUCGAUAAAAAUCCAGAAACAAGGAUAACAGUCCCUGAAAUAAAGGUGCACCCGUGGCUGAGCAGGGGCGGCGCGGAGCCGCUGCCGCUGGAGGAGGAGCACUGCUCCGUGGUGGAGGUCACCGAGGAGGAGGUCAAGAACUCCGUGAAGACCAUCCCCAGCCUGCCAGCCGUGAUCCUGGUGAAGGCCAUGCUGAGGAAGCGCUCCUUUGGGAAUCCCUUCGAGGUGCAGACGAGGAGGGAGGAGAGAUCCAUGUCUGCUCCAGGGAACCUGCUGAUGGACAGAUUCCUCUUAAACACAUCUGUAUAUUUGCAUCCAUCUUUAAGAACACAAGGCAGCAGAGAAGCAGCCAGGGACCCGGAGCUGCCUGAUGUGUGCGAAGACGAGGCCGCGUCCUGAGGCCGCCCGGCCGCCGCGGGCUGGGCGCGCACGAGCUCCAGCCCUUCGUGGUGUCGCGUGGAACAUCGCCCUCAUCACCCAGCCCGGGGCCUGCACAGCAACAACAGAACCAGAAUAAACCCACCAGAAUCGGACCAAGGCAGAAAGCCAGGCAGGAGGAUCGGAGCAGAGCGAGCCUCGGGGCAGCGCGGCCGCGUUCCUCGGCCAAGGUGUCCUUGGCUCCUCCGUGCGUGCCUUGCUCUCCACUUGUGCUUCACCUCGGGGCUCUGCCGGGGGUCUCGGCUGAGGAACGGGGGUUUGUUUGUCUCAAGGGUCCUUUUCCCCCCAGAGACUUUUCCCUUGCGUUUUUGCAUUCCCUACUUCAAGCAUCAGGAAUGAAAACUGGCUUGAGAGAUGGGUUUUAUAUCGGAGGGCAACUGCUUUAUUUAAUGCACAGAUAAAGCACUUGUGUACAUCAGGAGUGCUGCUCUUGGUGUGGAGUUGAUGGCAAAAUGUCCUUGGAUAUCAGUUAAAUGAGGAUGAGAUCUUGCUGUUGGAGUGAACACUGUCCCCUCCCUACACCUUUCUUUCUCUUCCCUUUUUCUCUUAUCCCUCAGUUCUGCAUGGUGUCAGUCCUGCUCCCAGCCACAGCCAGAGCAGUUGCAUGAGAUUCCCUUUAUGUGCACAGAGCUCUGGAGCAUGGGGAUAUGCUGCCACACAGAACAGCUCAGUGCUCCAGGGACAUCUGCCAGGCCUGCUCUUCCCAAAGAGCUGGGAAUGCAUCCCAUCAGCUGCACCCAGUCCUGCACCCAUGGACCAUGUUCUCCAGCUGAAAAGAGUGGCAGGUUUAGGCUUUAUUUUAUUUCAUUCCCUUCUCUUCACUCAUCUCUUGUGGACCUGAUGCUUUUAAACUUUAGUUUCCUGAAAAUUAGUCAAACUGGGACAGGUUCCUAGGAUGGAAAAUGUUGGUGGAGGGGUUUUAGAAAGCUACAGAGCACAAGUUCACAACUUGAUAUUUUGAUUAUUUUUUUAAGGCUUUAAUUUUUAAUUUUGUUUUAAGACUCUUAUUUUUAUGCAUGUGCUGAUGCUGCUGUUUUAUCCAUAGAUAGCUUCUAAACUUGGGGUUAGAAGCUUCAUCUCAACAGUUUGACAACCAGUGAGAGAUUGCACUUAAAAAGGCAAAUACAAAAAGGCAAAUUGAGCCAUUUCUGUGGCUGUUGACUGUACAGACUGUGUGGAUAAUCAGGAAUUUCACUCUUCCAUUCAGAGAGUAAAAACCAGUGACAUCCAUCUGUCAAAAUACAUGUCAUUAUUUUCCCUUGAGCCUGGGAGCUCAAGGGAAAAUAAGCUUUUCCCUUGUGCAGCAGGGAGACUGGAAAGCAGAGUGGAGGGUUUGUAUGGAAAUAGAACCUGGAUGAGGUGCCAAACUUCUCUGCUUUAGCAGUGCACAUUUGUAGUGGAGUUUGCUGAGCAAAGCAAUGCAAGGCAUUCCUUUCUGGCUCAGAUCCUCCUGUACAAGUCCAUGCUCAGCUCAAGUCCCUCCCAAGCUGAAUUAACCUGGAUUAUGCCAUGACCCUGUUGCUCUGAAUGCAGCCUUCCAUGGGAUGAGGGAAGGAAAGCAGCUCAUCAGUCACUGCCUUGCUCCUUCCCUUCCUGAAGAAAAGCCAUGUAUGCUCAGAGCUGCUGCUGGCAGAGCCCAGACCUUCCGUCAGUAUCCACAAGCCAUCAAUCAAAGUGCUCCCAAAAAAUGGUGUAAAUUCAAGAAAACAUGAAUUGCAACUCUUGAGGGUACAAUGCAGAUCCUCUGUGCUGUAAUUUUGCUGCUGUUUUUGAUUUCUAGGCCUGUUCUGUUGGUAUUUCAGUCUCUUGUUGCACUUGAACCUCUGCCCCUGUAUGUGCUCUGCUAUGAUUCCAGCAUGAUGUAAAUGCACUCAGUACUGUGACAGCACAUGGCUGUUGCACUGUAAAUAUGUACCAUGAAGAGAGAGGCUAUUUUUUGCAUGCUUUUGUACUGUAGAACUGAUAAGAAUAUUACAAUAAAUUCCACAGAGAUGA